UUUUUCGUCGUUUACUUCAGCCGUGCCGGCAUCUACACCAGCGAGGAGGUGAUCGAACAAGCGAUUGAUCGUUGGCUUUCAUAUACCUCGCUCUGUAGAAAGGCUUUAGGCAUGCUAAGACAACAGAUGAUUGAGGCCUAUGUCCCUUAUGCAGUAGAUCAGCAACGAAUGAACCAGACAGGGCGUUCGCGUGCACCUCUAACAUUGGCACUGCCGGUCCAUCUUCAAUCUGGCGGUUUAUCUUCAGGACAUGGAAAUUCUAGUCACUCCACUGCCUCGCUUGGUAGGAAUAGACCUCUUUUGCCGCACCCACAUCUGAUGAGCGAAUCUUCCAGCUACACUAGGAAAGUGCAUUCUAGGCGUCAGCAGCCCAGCAGCCCAGUCUCUAAAUUAGCCUCCUCUGGCUCCAGUAAGCCGUUGAACCUAGUGCCUGCUCUUAUCGAAACGGUUAAGUCACCAGCACCUGGAUCUCUUGUCUCAAAGAAGCCAGUAUCAAAAGUUUGCAUUGUCUAA